GGUUGCCGCCAUCGCCAUUGCGCUCUUCUACCGGUCAGUUACAAUUUCGGUAGCUGUCGUUCCGGUUACGCUCGCGCAUGAUUGCAAACAUUUCAAGUGUCGUUAGCCACAGAACCAAAACGUAAAUUCUCUUCAAAAAAACGUCGUCAUGAUAAUCCGUGGCAGCGCUCUGUGGCGUCGUGUUUGGCUGCUAAAGUUCGGGGCCUCGGCCGCAGCCGUCGCCCCGCACCAAAGUUGGCGACGAAUGUUUAUGCUCGAGAGGCGGGUGACAAAAUCUCUUCCGCUCAGUUUCGUCAAUUUCUCGGUUCGUAGGUCCUUCGUGAUGAAGCGCGUCAUGGAGGCAGUGACGGUGCACCCGCUUCAGACGGAUCCACACGUUGCUGCCGAGAGAGACAAGUACCUGUCCAUGCCCCUGGCUGACAAGCGGUCACUCUACAAGUGCGGCCAGAAGUUCAUUCCCAUCGAAGAUGUGGACGACUGGCCGACCUAUGCUGCUGCCAAGAACAUAACAGGAGCUGGUUCUGGGAAGUUGAGCAAGCGGCCAGACCUGAACAACAAGGUCUCCAUCUUCGUGGGCGACAUCACGGCUCUCGAGAUCGAUGCCAUUGUCAACGCUGCCAACAACAGGCUCCUGGGCGGAGGAGGCGUUGACGGCGCCAUCCACAGCGCAGCGGGCCCGAAGCUGAAGGAGGAGUGUGCCACGUUAAACGGCUGCCCGACCGGAGAGGCCAAGAUCACGGGGGGCUACAAGCUGCCCGCAAAAUACGUUAUCCAUACCGUGGGUCCAGUCGGAGAGAAUGAGGCCAAGCUACACGGCUGCUAUGUGACCAGUCUGGAAACUGCCAAGGCUCACAAGAUCAGGACCCUGGCAUUUCCGUGCAUUUCGACAGGAAUUUACGGUUAUCCCAACGAGAAGGCGGCUCACGUGGCUCUGUCUGCCGCCAGGGAAUGGUUGGACUCCGAAGAAAAUGCGUUAAAGGUGGACCGAAUCAUCUUCUGUUUGUUUCUGCCCAUCGACGUGAGGCUAUAUGAAAAGCUGCUUCCCGAGUAUUUUCCUUUGUAAAUGUUUGACUUGCAAACGUUUUGUCAUUAGUUUGGACUACCUUUUGUGUUCGUUUUUCUCGCUUGCUGCGUGUUUCAACUCACAAUAAAAGUUUUUCAAUGAGAAUAUA